GCGACCCUCCCGGACAAGCGAGCUGACUUUAGCUGGAUGGCCGGCGCGUUAUGAGAUAUAGGAAACCGAGAAAGAACUCGAGCACCGACGCUUAAUGUGUACUUUUUUCCUCCGCCCGCCCCCCCCGACGAGAGUACGGUAGUGGUUAACGACAGCUAGCUUAACUUUAGCCCCCGUAGCUAACGUGGCACAACUUGCGCGAAUUAGCAUUAGCGUUUUUUGGCUAACCCGGGUGGCUCGCCGUAACCAGAAGGCGGCGUCAGGCUAGCUGGGCGGUUGCUACUUCGUCGCUCCUAGCUAACCGAGGUAGCGUUAGCGCCGGCCCCGCGCCGUCCCACCCGACAUAAGGAAAGCCGGGCGAGCUGGCCGGCUUUAGAGACCGGAACAUGAAAACCGACGUGCCUGACAAACUGGGAUUCGCUCCUCAGAAAGACAUCGCGUAUAACAAGCUUCUACCCUACGCGGAUCGCUUGGACGAGGAGUCCAAUGACAUCCUGGGUAAAAUUAAGGGGAACUUGGGCCGCGCAGUCCAGCUCAGGGAGAUCUGGCCGGGUGUGCUGUUCUGGACCAGGAAACUUUCCACUUACAUGCGCCUCUAUGGACGGAAGUUCAGCAAAGAAGACCAUGUCCUGUUCAUCAAGCUUCUCUACGAGCUAGUGACAAUCCCCAAACUGGAGAUCAGCAUGAUGCAGGGUCUUGCUCGCCUCCUUAUCAACCUCCUUAAGAAAAGAGCACUUCUCUCAAGGGAGGACUUGGAAUUGCCUUGGAGACCUCUAUAUGAACUGCAGGAGAGGAUUCUUUACUCUAAAACAGAGCACCUGGGCCUCAACUGGUUUCCCAACUCUGUGGAGAGUGUGUUGAAAACACUUGUAAAAAGCUGUAGACCAUAUUUUCCAGACUCUGCCACUCAGGAGAUGCUCGAGGAGUGGCGACCACUACUCUGUCCGUUUGACGUCACCAUGCAGAGAGCUAUCAGCUAUUUUGAGCUUUUUCUCCCCACUACCCUGCCCCCUGAGCUGCACCACAUUGGGUUCAAGUUGUGGUUUGAUGAAUUGAUCAACUUGUGGGUGUCGGUGCAGAAUCUCCCAGGCUGGGAAGUGCAUCUGGUUAACCUCUUCGCUCGCCUGGCCAACGAUAACAUUGGCUACAUUGACUGGGACCCUUACAUCCCUAAGAUUUUUACCAGAAUACUGAGAAGUUUGAAUCUUCCAGUGGGGACCAGUCAGAUGUUGGUCACCCGAUAUGUAACCAAUGCCUAUGACAUCAGCCAUGUGGUCCUUUGGGUGUCAUCGCUACUGGGUGGACCUAGCAAGCAAGCCCAAGCACAGCUCAGUGGCCUUUUCAACAGCAUUACAUCCUUCUUCCACCCAUCCAACCAUGGUCGAUGGUUGAUGAAACUGAUGAAGCUGUUGCAACGCCUUCCGGCCAGUGUGGUGCGACGGUUACACCGGGAGCGCUACAGAAAGCCAACGUGGCUAACGCCCAUACCGUCCAGCCACAAACUGACAGAGCAAGAUAUCACAGACUUUGUGCAGAGCAUGAUGCAGCCGGUGCUUUUGGCCAUGUUUAGCAAGACAGGGAGUUUGGACGCAGCCCACGCACUACAAAAUCUUGCUCUAAUGAGGCCCGAGUUAGUCAUUCCACCUGUGCUGGAAAAGACAUAUCCAGCUAUGGAAACUCUAACAGAGCCCCACCAGCUGACAGCCACUCUGAGCUGCAUGAUUGGAGUGGCACGGAGCCUGGUGUCAGGAGGGCAACGCUACCCUGAGGGUCCCACUCACAUGCUGCCCCUCCUCAUGAGGGCACUUCCAGGUGUCGACCCCAAUGACUUCAGCAAGUGCAUGAUAACAUUCCAAUUCAUUGCUACAUUUGUGACUCUUGUGCCUUUGGUGGACUGUUCGUUUGCCCUACAUGAGAGAACUGACCUGACAGAGGUGGAGAGAGAGAUGUGUUCUGCUUCAGCAGAGUUCGAAGACUUUGUUCUUCAAUUCAUGGACAGGUGUUUUGCCCUGAUAGACAGCAGCACACUGGAGCAGACUCGAGAGGAGACGGAGACGGAAAAGAUGACUCAUCUUGAAAGUCUGGUAGAGCUUGGCCUGUCCUCAACCUUCAGCACCAUUCUCACACAGUGCUCUUUAGAUAUCUUUAAGGUGGCUCUAGAGAAGGUUUUCAACUUUGCCACCACUAACAUCUUUGAGACACGUGUGGCUGGGAGAAUGGUUGCGGAUAUGUGCAGAGCUGCCUCCAAGUGUCACCCUGCGGAAUCACUCAAGCUUUUUGUGCCACACUGCUGCAAUGCCAUUAACCAAAUAGUUGUCAAUGAAGAAGUGUUGAAUGAAGAGGAGCUAGACAAGGAAUUGCUGUGGAAUCUCCAAUUACUGUCUGAGGUGACCCGUGUGGAUGGUGACAAGAUCCUGCCCUACCGCUCUCAGCUGGUCCAGAUCCUGCAGCUGACCCUCCAUCUUAAGUGUAAGCAGGGCUACAGUCUUGCUUGUAACCUGCUGCACCACAUCCUCCGCUCCACCGUCCUCAUCUACCCCACAGAGUACUGCAGUGUACCCGGGGGCUUUCAGCAACCCAUCACUGACCUACCCAUCAAGGAUUGGGGUCGGCCCGGCGACCUCUGGAAACUAGAUAUCCAAUGGCAUGUGCCUUGUGUGGAGGAAACCUCUUUCGCUUUUUAUGUUCUGGACCUCAUCCUGCAGCCAGAGCUCCAGCGUCUUCAGAGAUUUGCCAAAGGGGAGCAGGACAUGAGCAGAGAUGAUGUCCUGCAGAGCCUGUCCAUUGUUCAGCAUUGUCUUUUAGGAGCUGGGAGUCUGAUGCCUCCCCUGAAAGGAGAGCCAAUCCCUGAACUGGUCCACAGUAUGGUGAAUCUAGAUGAGACCACCCUCUAUACAGGAAUUGAGUAUGAUGAGUCCAGAGAGAACUACAGAGACGCCAUCUGUAGUGUGAUGAGACAGCUGCUGCAUUAUAUUUUGGAGCACUCGGAGGAUGAUACCAAGUCUCUCUUCUCCAUAAUCAAGAUUAUCAGUGACCUGUUGCACUUCAAAGGCUCUCACAAACAUGAGUUUGACUCCCGCUGGAAGAGCUUCAACCUUGUGAAGAAAUCCAUGGAGAACCGACUUCAUGGCAAAAAGAAGCACAUCAGAGCCCUGCUCAUAGACAGGGUCAUGCUGCAGCACGAGCUCCGCAAACUGACAGUGGAAGGUUGUCAGUACAGGAGCAUUCACCAGGAGCUAAUGAGAGAUCUGCUGAGGCUGUCCACAAGCACCUAUAGUCAGGUGCGCAGCAGAGCUCAAAAUGUUUUAUUCACUGCCCUGGGAACCUACAACUUCUGCUGCAGAGAUCUGAUCCCCCAUGUCCUACAGUUUCUCAAUCCAGACUCCAGGAGUGUCACACAGCAGCAAUUCAAAGGUGCCUUGUACUGUCUUCUGGGGAAUCACAGUGGAGUCUGCCUGGCCAACCUGCAUGACUGGGAGUGCAUUUCUCUUACGUGGCCUGCCGUCGUGCGCUCUGGCCUCAGCUCAGCCAUGUCCUUGGAGAAGCCCUCCAUUGUACGCCUCUUUGAUGACCUUGCAGACAAAAUCCAUCGCCAGUAUGAGACCAUUGGCAUUGACUUCUCUAUCCCUGAUGAGUGCCGUACAGUGGCAAAACGACUCAUGGUUGCUGGGAGCCCCUUCCCCAAGGAUCCUGUACCCUCUGAAGAGGAAGUAACUGACGGCCUAAGGAGGCAGGAGCUCAAGAACUCUGAUUCUGUUGAGAAAUACAAAAAGCUGGUUGGCGAUCUACUCGACUGCCUCAGCAACAGAAACAUGCCUUGGAAGUUUGAACAUAUUUCAAUUGGCUUCCUGUCACUUUUGCUGAGAGACGACCACCAGCUCCCCGCCCCAGCAGUUCUGUUCUUUGUCAAAAGCCUCAACCAUGACUCUCUCUUGGUCCGCAAGGUGGCGAUAUCAGCUGUGGCUGGAAUCAUGAAGCAACUGAAGAGACCACAUAAAAAAGUGCCAGUUACCCCUCAGGAGCUUUGUGAGUUGAAGGAGGAGAGUGGUAUGAUUGCUGGUGACCGGUCAGACAAUCAGUGGCUCCAGUACCACAGCAGCAGCCUUCCACGCACACAAAAGGACUGGGAGCACUGUGUGUUUGUGGAAAAGACCCACUGGGGAUAUUACAGCUGGCCAAGAAAGCUGAUGAUGUAUGCACCACCUGAGGAGCAGCCAAAACAGGACCUGACCAGAGAGGAAAUGACUGAGAGAGAGCAGAUCAUCUAUGACCACUUCUCAGACCCAGUCUUCGUCAGCCAGCUCAUUGAGUUUCUCUCUUUAGAGGACCGCAAAGGCAAGGACAAGUUCAGUCCCCGCAGAUUCUGUCUGUUCAAGGGACUUUUCCGCAACUAUAAUGAUGCCUUUCUGCCUGUGCUGCGGCCACACAUGGAGCGACUGGUGUCCGACACUCAUGAGAGCAAGCAGCGCUGUGUUGCUGAGAUAAUCUCAGGCCUGAUCAGAGGCUGUAAACAUUGGAGUUACGCCAAGGUUGAGCAUCUUUGGGAGCUGCUGUGUCCACUGCUCCGUACUGCUCUGUCCAACAUUACGGUAGAAACUUACGCGGAUUGGGGCACCUGCAUUGCCACGGCCUGUGAGAGCAGAGAUCCACGCAAGCUGCACUGGCUGUUUGAGAUGCUAAUGGAGUCACCAGUCAAUGGAGAGGGAGGCUCCUUUGUUGAUGCCUGUCGUCUGUAUGUACUGCAGGGAGGCCUCGCUCAACAGGAGUGGCGCGUCCCAGAGCUCCUCCACAGACUGCUGCAAUAUCUGGAGCCCAAACUGACACAGGUGUACAAAAACGUGCGCGAACGAAUUGGCAGUGUCCUCACCUACAUCUUCAUGAUUGACGUCAACCUGCCAUACACCCAGCCCACCACCUCCCCCCGGAUCUCUGAUUUCACCGAGAGAAUUCUAUUGCGGUUGAAGCCUCUGACUGAGGGUGACGAGGAGAUCCAGAACCACGUGGUGGAGGAGAAUGAGGUGGGGGAGCAGGAUGAGAGGACCCAGGCCAUCAAGCUGCUUAAAACAGUCCUCAAGUGGCUGAUUUCCAGCGCUGGACGCUCCUUCUCCACUCCUGUCCCAGAGCAGCUGCAGUUGCUCCCCCUGCUCUUCAAGAUUGCUCCAGUGGAGAACGAUGACAGUUAUGAUGAGAUGAAGAGGGAUGCCAAGACCUGCUUGUCUCUGAUGUCCCAGGGACUCCUCUACACAGAGCAGAUUCCCAUGGUCCUCAGUGCCCUGAAGGAGAUCGCUGGCAGCAGCUCCUGGCAUGCUCGCUACACAGUGCUGACGUACCUUCAGAUAAUGGUGUUUUACAACCUGUUCACCUUCAUGAGUGACCAGCGGGCAGUUGCCAAUGUCCGGGCACUAGUGAUACAACUACUGGAGGAUGAGCAGCUGGAGGUAAGAGAAAUGGCUGCCACCACCCUCAGUGGCUUCCUACAGUGCAACUUCCUGUCCAUGGAUGCUCCCAUGCAGGCGCACUUUGAAGCUCUCUGCAAGACCCGCUUGCCCAAGAAAAGGAAGAGGGAACUGGGCUCUGUUGUGGACACCAUCCCCUCUGCUGACCUGGUCCGACGCCAUGCUGGUGUGCUUGGGUUGAGUGCAUGCAUUCUGUCCAGCCCAUAUGAUGUCCCCACCUGGAUGCCGCAGCUGCUGAUGGACCUGAGUGCCCAUCUCAAUGACACCCAACCCAUUGAAAUGACCGUAAAGAAAACGCUGUCCAACUUUCGACGGACACACCAUGACAACUGGCAGGAACACAAACAGCAGUUUACAGACGACCAGUUACUGGUCCUGACUGACCUGCUGGUCUCACCCUGCUACUAUGCCUAGGCCUGGAAAAUGUGUCUUGGACAUAAGAGGCCACCUAAAGACCCCAGAUGAAGAGGAGCACACACAAAAGCCGAACAUAAAGCUGUGUAUUUAUGUAUUUAGCUGACCUUUACAUUUCUACUAUACUUAAUAUUUAAGGUGAAAUCAUAGCAGGGACGAACGCCCUGCAGUUUGUAACAAUACUGUACAG